UCGUUUCAUCUUAUUUUGGAGCAUCCGAAUUCCAUUUCUCGUGGAACCGGAAACCCGAAGCGUUUUGAAAGGGCAAAAAAUGGGGAUGGAAGCGCAGGACGAGUUGAUGGCCGACGGUUCGGGUUCGGCGGAGAGGAGAUCCGGAGCCCCGAGGCUGUUCAUCAAAGAGAUGGUCAUGAGGAACUUCAAGUCCUACGCCGGCGAGCAACGCGUCGGUCCCUUCCACAAGAGCUUUUCAGCAGUGGUUGGACCGAAUGGGAGUGGGAAAAGCAAUGUGAUAGAUGCGAUGCUGUUUGUGUUCGGGAAGCGAGCUAAGCAGAUGCGACUUAAUAAAGUGUCGGAGCUGAUCCACAAUUCCACUAAUCACCAAAAUUUGGACAGUGCUGGUGUUUCUGUACACUUCCAGGAGAUCGUUGAUCUGGAUGAUGGAACAUAUGAAGCUGUUCCAGGGAGUGAUUUUGUGAUUACCCGAGUUGCCUUCCGGGAUAACUCCUCUAAAUAUUUUAUUAAUGACCGUUCAAGUAAUUUUACUGAAGUUACGAAGAAACUGAAAGGGAAAGGAGUUGACCUGGACAAUAACCGUUUUCUGAUUCUUCAGGGUGAAGUCGAGCAGAUUUCACUGAUGAAGCCAAAAGCUCAAGGCCCCCAUGAUGAAGGUUUUCUUGAAUAUCUUGAAGACAUAAUUGGAACUAACAAAUACGUUGAAAAAAUUGAAGAAUCAUAUAAGCAGCUAGAAUCUCUCGAUGAGAGCAGGUCUGGGGUGGUGCAAAUGGUUAAGUUAGCAGAGAAAGAAAGAGAUAGCUUGGAGGAUGUGAAGAAUGAAGCAGAAGCAUACAUGCUGAAAGAGCUAUCGCUUUUGAAGUGGCAAGAGAAAGCCACAAAUAUGGCUCAUGAAGAUACCAAUACAAAAAUGGUUCAACUACAGGCGAAUGUUUCUGGUUUAGAAGAAAAUCUGAAGACUGAAAGGGAGAAGAUAAAAGAAAGUAAUAUAACAUUGAAGGAGCUUGAAACUACGCAUAACAAGCAUAUGAAGAGACAAGAGGAACUGGAUAAUCAACUUAGAAGUUGUAAGGAAGAGUUUAAGGAGUUUGAAAGGCAGGAUGUCAAAUAUCGGGAAGAUUUGAAGCAUAUGAAGCAAAAGAUCAAGAAACUUGAUGAUAAACUUGAAAAGGAUUCAUCAAAGAUCAUUGAGUUAGAAAAGGAGUGCGAAAAGUCCACAGACCUGAUUCCAAAACUAGAGGAAAAUAUUCCAAAUCUGCAAAAGUUCUUGCUGGAUGAGGAGAAAGUCUUAGAGGAAAUUAAAGAUAAUUCUAAAGUUGAAACUGAGAGAUACCGUGCUGAGCUUACAAAAGUUCGUGCUGAAUUAGAACCAUGGGAAAAGCAACUAAUUGAACAUAAAGGAAAACUUGAAGUUGCAUGUACUGAAAGCAAGCUUUUGAGUGAAAAGCAUGAAGCUGGUCGUGCAGCAUUUGAGGAUGCUCAAAAGCAGAUGGACGUUAUAUUGGGGAAAAUAAAAACAAAAACUGCAAGCAUAGCAAAUAUUCACACCGAUAUAGAAAAGAACAAGCUUGAAGCUUCAGAAGCUCGCAUAGUGGAACAACAAUGCAUUAAAGAACAAGAUGCACUGAUUCCUAUUGAACAAGCUGCAAGGCAGAAGGUUGCAGAACUUAAGUCUAUUAUGGAUUCUGAGAAGAGUCAGGGAUCAGUUCUUAAAGCAAUCUUGCAGGCGAAGGAGUCCAACCAAAUUGAGGGAAUAUAUGGCCGAAUGGGUGAUCUUGGGGCAAUUGAUGCAAAAUACGAUGUUGCUAUAUCAACAGCAUGUUCUGGACUUGAUUAUAUUGUAGUGGAAACAACCAGCGCAGCCCAAGCAUGUGUUGAGCUACUCCGGAGGGAGAAUCUUGGUGUUGCAACUUUCAUGAUAUUGGAGAAGCAAGUUGCUCUUUUAACCAAGUUGAAGGAGAUUGUAAGCACUCCAGAGGGAGUUCCACGUCUUUUUGAUUUAAUUAAAGUUCAGGAUGAAAGAAUGAAACUUGCUUUUUUCGCAGCAUUGGGAAACACUGUUGUCGCUAAGGAUCUCGACCAGGCAACACGUAUUGCAUACAAUGGAAACCAAGAAUUUCGACGUGUGGUAACACUUGAUGGUGCACUUUUUGAAAAAUCGGGUACAAUGAGUGGUGGGGGAAGUAAGCCUCGUGGUGGCAAAAUGGGCACAUCUAUUCGAGCUGCCAGUGUUUCCGUAGAAGCUGUUGCAAAUGCUGAGAAGGAACUCUCUACAUUUGUAGAAAAAUUAAAUAGCAUCCGCCAAAGAAUCGCCGAGGCAGUGCGGCGUUACCAGGCGGCAGAAAAAAGAGUUGUAUCCUUGGAGAUGGAAUUAGCUAAGAGCCAGAAAGAGAUUGACAGUUUGAAUUCACAAAAUAGUUAUCUUGAGAAACAACUUGAUUCGCUGGAGGCUGCAUCACGGCCAGGGAAGGAUGAGCUUGAUAGGUUGGAGGAGCUCAGGAAAGUAAUUUCUAAAGAAGAAACGGAGAUUGAUAAACUUAUAAAAGGGUCUAAGCAGCUGAAGGAAAAGGCUUUGGAGCUUCAGAAUAAUAUAGAAAAUGCUGGUGGAGAAAGAUUGAAAGCACAGAAGUCAAAGGUCACUAAGAUUCAAUCUGAUAUUGAUAAAAGUAGCACGGAGGUCAACCGUCACAGAGUCCAAAUAGAGACUGGCCACAAAAUGUUGAAGAAGUUAACUAAGGGAAUUGAGGAGUCCAAGAAGGAGAAAGAAAGACUUGUUGAAGAGAAGGAAAAAUUAAGAAGUGUUUUCAAGGAAAUAGAGCAGAAAGCAUUUGCAGUUCAUGAAAAUUAUAAAAAGACAGAGGAGUUGAUUGAUAAACAUAAAGAAGCGUUAGAUACGGAAAAGUCCAAUUACGAGAAAGUUAAAAAGACUGUCAAUGAAUUACGUGCAUCCGAGGUUGAUGCUGACUACAAAUUACAGGAUAUGAAGAAGGCAUACAAGGAGUUGGAAUUGAAGGGGAAGGGUUACAGGAAAAAGCUUGAUGACUUGAAAAAUGCUCUUAUAAAGCACAUGGAACAAAUUCAGAAGGAUUCGGUGAACCCUGAAAAGCUUCAGGCUAACUUGACAGAUGGAGCUCUUAAUCAGGCUUGUGAUCUAAAGAGUGCCCUUGAAAUGGUAGCAUUGCUGGAAACCCAACUGAAAGAGAUGAAUCCAAAUCUUGAUUCUAUCUCAGAGUAUCGGAGAAAGGUAUCAUUAUACAAUGAACGAGUUGGGGAACUAAACAAUGUCACUCAACAACGCGAUAACAUAAAGAAGCAGUAUGAUGAAUGGAGGAAGAAGAGGUUGGAUGAGUUCAUGGCAGGGUUCAAUGCAAUAUCUUUGAAGCUAAAGGAGAUGUAUCAGAUGAUCACACUUGGGGGUGAUGCUGAACUUGAGCUUGUGGACUCUUUGGAUCCUUUCUCUGAAGGUGUAGUUUUCAGUGUCAGGCCACCAAAGAAGAGCUGGAAGAAUAUUGCCAAUUUAUCGGGUGGUGAAAAGACUCUGAGUUCAUUAGCUCUUGUUUUCGCACUUCAUCACUACAAGCCAACCCCGCUUUAUGUAAUGGAUGAAAUUGAUGCUGCGCUGGACUUCAAAAAUGUUUCUAUUGUGGGGCACUAUGUGAAGGACCGGACAAAGGACGCACAGUUUAUAAUCAUAAGCCUAAGAAACAACAUGUUUGAAUUGGCCGAUCGACUUGUGGGGAUCUACAAAACUGAUAAUUGCACCAAGAGCAUUACAAUUAACCCAGGGAGUUUAAUGGUGUGUGAAAAAGCUGCUUUGUGAUGCACUUUGUUUAAGGUGACAUUCCUCAGUUAAUGGUGUCCAUGAUCAGUUAUUUAUUCGGUUCGUCUGACCCUGCAGGCGGCACAUAUCACUCAUUUUAAGUUUUUAACAUACUGAUGUGUAUUAUAUAUAUAUAUAUUAGAUAAAUAUAAGAUCUAAUUGAUGUGUUAAUAAUGCCUUUGCAUA